GUAAAUUAGGAAAUAUUGACAACGAAUAUUUGGAUAAAUUAUUAGCCGACCAAAAAGAAUUAAACAAAAGCCUAGAAGAUUUACAAAGUCAAUUACAAGCCAGCAAAAACCAGCAAACCAAAUCCAGUCGAAAAAUUGCUAACUUGGAAAGAAAAAUUACUAACCAAGACACAAAGAGUUUAGAAUUAGAACUUAACGAUAGACAAGCCCAACAAGCAGAAUUAGAAAUCAAACUCCAAGCAGUCAAAAUUGAGCGAAAUGAACUAGAAAUCAAACUUAAUUCCGCCCAAUAUGAAUUAAAGCAGAAAAAUAAAGAAGCAUUACAUCAAGAGGAAAAGCAAAACCGACAAAGAGCAAUUUGA